GUUUACUUCACUUCCUCCUUCAAUCUCAAAAUUGGUCUUUGGAAUAUGUUGUGGGGAGCAUGUCACCUUCAGUUUCCUCCCCGAGGACGCCCCUGCCACUGGUGAAAUCAUGGCUUGUAUGAUGAUUCUUUAUCUAAGCUGGAAGCACAAAUACAACUGGAAACACUAUUCGUACUGUUACUCCAGUGCAGUGGUCUAGUGCAGAGUGUUACCUUCUUUAUUCUGUUCUGUACAACUGGUAGUACUGAGCUAGUAACUUUUGUAGUUGUGCUUUAUAAAGCUUUAUAUCUUUACAAAAAUGAUAGAAUUGAAAUAUGAAUCGAUCUGGUUCGACCAAAGAAACUUCGAGGAAGCUGAAAGUCGAUAUCAAACGUUCCUUGUUCAGAAAUCUGAUCAAAGUGGAGAGGCGAAGGGAAUUCCUUCUCGCUCAAGUUUAGUUGACCAGAUUGCAAAAGCAAGAGAAACAAUUAAGCAAACAUUGGAGGAGGAACUUGUUGGUUCAUCUGAACACAGUGGUGUUAGUGAGCGAAUGAGCAAGCUUGAAAAAGAAAACCAGGAACUUAAAAAUGUGAUCAAAGCUAUCCAGGAUAAUCUUAAUAAACUGGAAGCAAGAGUUUCCUACCUUGAAGGAGGAAGUGCUGUUGCUUCAAAGCCUGCAAAACCUGAGCCUGCCCAAAAGAAACAUGAUGAUGAGAAAGAUGAUGAAGACGAUGAUGACGAUGAUGAUGAUGAAGACUUGUUUGGUUCAGAUGAUGAGGAGGAAAAGGAGAGAGUAAAAGAAAUACGGCUGAAGAUGUAUGCUGAAAGAAAGCAAAAAGUGAAACCAGUUGUGGUUGCGAAAUCCAACAUUAUUCUUGAUGUGAAACCGUGGGAUGACGAAACUGAUAUGAAGAAGUUGGAAGAGUGUGUUCGCUCUGUUCAAAAAGAUGGUCUUGUCUGGGGAACUUCAAAAUUGGCUCCAGUUGGUUAUGGAAUAAAGAAACUUGUCAUAACUUGCGUUGUCGAAGAUGAUAAAAUUGGCACUGAUGACUUGGAGGAAGCCAUCACUGAAUUUGAAGAUUAUGUUCAAAGCGUUGAUGUUGUGGCUUUUAACAAAGUAUAAACAAAUGAUAUUGUAAUAAUCAAUAAACUAAAUUCUUAACUGAAUUAAAUUAUAAAAAUCAACGUA